AUGGCGCAGCUCCAGGAGCUCAGUGGCAUCGCCGGGCACGUCCUGACUGUGGACAUCUCGCCCCAGGGAUAUGCGCCGUGGGCUCACAGCGAUUGUGAGCAGCGUCGCGAGGACUCAAGUCUGUGGGACCGCCACCGUGCCAGCCGCAGGAUAGCGCCCAUCUUGCGAGAAGCGCGAAGGUGGGGCUGUCCUUGCAGGAUCUCCCCAUCGGAGGCGGUGGGCGCUGAUUGCGUCUGUGCCCAGGACGACGCAGAGCUGGUUCGCAUCGUGGCCGACUUUGCAGCACGCGCGCAACGAGUCUUCAUCCUCGACGAUGCCAGCCACUUCAAGGAGGACGUGAUCCGGAACUUCGAGAUGCUUGCUGCCUUUGUCACACCUGGGAGCUUCUACGUGGUGUCCGACACGCGCCUCGAACGCCUCUGCGAAACUGUGAAGCGUCUCGGCUACCCGCUGGCAAACGGGUUUAACCCUGGAGAGAAGGUCCAGUGCGACUACUACAUCGACAACGGGCCGUUUUCCGCGGUGGCUGAGCUUUUCUCGAGCAGCGAGCUCGCACGCAAGAGGUUCUUCAUCGACCGCAAGGCUGAGGGCAUGAUUCUGGGGGCCACGCCCAGCGGUUGGCUUCGCGCGAUCGCCGAGUGGUGCCUGCUGUCUCACAACUUCCUGGCCUUUUUCGCCUCGCGUGUGGACUUCGCCGUGCGGCGGUGCCUCCUGUUGGCAGCCAUUCAGGAUCUUCGUUUGCAGCCGGAUGGCAAGACACUGCGCAUCUCCAUUGCGGGCGACGGCAAGGAGGAGCUGGUGCUGCGCACGGUCUCUGAGAGCAUGGAGACCUGGGCCGUCGAAAUCGGGCGGCGACUGGAAAGGUUGAGCGCUUAUGGUCACCAGCUCAUGCCAUGCGUGAACUUCGCCGAAGCGAAGCAGUGGUCCCAGGAGCUGGACGCACAGACGGCCGAGCAGGAGGCAGAGCUGUGUGCGCAGGUGGAAGAGCAGAGCCUCGGCCAGCGGCUGCAGGCGGCUGCAGCCUUGUUGCGGUCAUCCCUCUUACGCACCCAGAGCCGGGUCACGCGAGAAGCUUUCACCGAACUUGCACUUCAUGCACGUCUGCAGGCACUCCGCGGCCUCCAGCGUCGGGCUGCCACGGCUCGGCUGUGGCGAGCACUGCAGACACCGCGCCGGCGACACGUGGAGGGAUGCCUGGCGGCUUGGCGGAGUCUUGCGGGCUGCAGGGAGGGCAAGGCACCGGCGAGAGGGCGUCGCCGACGAUCCUCGCAGGAGGACCUGCGUAAGGCCUCAACGAUGUUGGAGCACAUCUGUCGCGAGCACCAGGAAGAGGCUAUGCACAGCUUCUUCCUGCAGUGCGGCCGCCUGAAGACUGCGUCUCUGCGAGAGGCCAGCUACAGCUUUCCCACGCCAUAUGCAGCUGGUCCAAGGGAAGUCAACCUCGAGCUUUCCGACCAUUGCAUGAAGGCUGCAGUCAACGCAAGAGUUGCGAGCCUCGUCCUGGCCUUGGCGGAAGCGCGGCGGCGGCGAUUGCUUUGGGCGCGCCUGCGCUGGGCGCAAGGCGCCGCUGCCUCGCGGCAAGUCUUUGCCCCACCGCCGCGGUGA